CAUUUACCUGCUGUGAUUUAUUUCAAAAGUAUCUCGGAAAAAGGACAGAAAAGAAGAGCCAGUAACGGUCGGGAUCUUUUCAAAACAGACAAGGGAGAAAAUAUAGAAAUCCGUCCACAAUGGUCCUGAGUCAGAGUGAUGCGGCCAAGAGCCUGACCGCUGCCGCAGCCAAGGGAAAUACGGACGAGGUCAGGAGGAUGCUAGGGCCGGAAUGCAGAGUGCACCCCGACACUGUCAAUCAAUUUGGCAAGACCGCUCUACAGGUGAUGAUGAUGGGCAACUCCAACGUGGCCAGCUUACUGUUGGAGCACGGAGCCGACCCAAACAUCACAGACCGGCGAGGAGUCUCACCGGCACAUGAUGCGGCACGCACUGGCUUCGUGGACACACUCCGGGCUCUGGUGGAGUUCGGCGCGUCAGUCAACAGGCCAGACCACACCGGCACC